AUUUCCUCGUUCUGCUUCUCUCUCUCUCGAAUCUCCUAACAGUCCGACUCUCUGUCUCUCUUUACUGUCAGACUCUCAGAUUCUCAUUUCCUGCUUCGAUCUGUGCAGAUCUCAAACUUCCAUGGCAACGUAGAAGCUCAAAGCUUCUACAGAUUCUGCAGAGAAUUUUGGGGCGUAACCAAUGGCAAAGUCACGGCAGCACUUUCCUAAUCAAGAUACCUCUCCAAGCUCUAUGAAAUCAAGGGACUGGGAGAGCAUAUCUAGAUGGUCUGAUUACCUGAAUCCCGAAGUAACUUCUCCAUCAACAUCGACGAGUUGGAAGCCUGUUAGUUCAGAAGGGCCACCAAAUUCAGGAAGCUUUCAGAAAGCGUUGCACAUGGAAUGGGUGGUCCAACUUACUGAAGUUGCAGGAGGUUUAUUGACGAAAAUGUACAGAUUGAAUCAAAUAUUGGAUUAUCCAGAUUCGGUUUCAUAUGUAUUUUCAGAUGCAUUUUGGAAAGCUGGUGUGAUUCCAAACUAUCCUAGAAUCUGUCUACUGGUAACAAAGAAAUUUCCAGAGCAUCCUAGCAAAUUGCAACUUGAACGAGUCGAUAAACUUGCUCUUGAUUCUCUGCAUGAAAAUGCAGAAGGCUAUUUACGAAGCUUAGAACCAUGGGUCAUGCUGCUUCUUGACUUAAUGGCAUUUCGAGAACAAGCUUUGCGGCUUAUUUUGGAUUUGAGCAGCACAGUCAUUACCUUACUGCCUCAUCAAAAUUCGCUGAUCCUACAUGCAUUUAUGGAUCUUUUUUGUUCCUUUGUCCGCGUAAACCUUUUCUCUGAGAAGGCAACAAGGAAAAUGCUGCUGCAAAUGUAUAACCUUUUGCAUAUCAUAUCAAGAAAUGGACGAGACUGUGAGUUUUAUCAUCGGUUGGUUCAAUUCAUAGACUCUUAUGAUCCACCAUUGAAAGGAUUGCAUGAGGACCUUAAUUUCGUCAGCCCCCGUAUUGGAGAAGUCUUGGAGGCUGUUGGUCCUAUUAUAUUUCUGUCUGUUGAUACCAAGAAAUUGAGAAAUGAAGGGUUUCUAAGUCCAUUUCAUCCUCGUUAUCCAGAUAUACUAACAAAUUCUGCUCACCCAAUGAGGGCUCAAGAUUUGGCAAAUGUCACAUCUUAUCGAGAAUGGGUUCUAUUUGGAUAUCUUGUUUGUCCUGGUGAACUACUUCGGGUCACUAGCAUCGAUAUCGCAAUGGUUGUACUCAAGGAAAAUUUAAUUCUUCCCUUGUUCAGGGAUGAGUAUAUACUAUUGCAUGAGGAUUAUCAGUUGUAUGUUUUACCGAGGAUAUUAGAAUCAAAGAAGAUGGCAAAAUCUGGACGUACAAAGCAAAAAGAAGCUGAUUUGGAGUAUAAUGUUGCAAAGCAAGUGGAAAAAAUGAUAUGUGAAGUGCAUGAGCAAGCCUUAGUUUCCUGUGAUGCCAUACAUCGUGAAAGGAGAGUCUUGCUAAAACAAGAGAUCGGCAGAAUGGUUCUGUUUUUCUCUGAUCAGCCUAGUUUACUCGCUCCAAAUAUUCAGAUGGUAUUUUCUGCAUUGGCUUUAGCACAGUGUGAGGUUAUCUGGUAUUUUCAACAUGUUGGAAUAGCAUCAUCAAAAUCUAAAGUUGUACGGAUGAUGCCAGUUGACAUUGAUGCUGCAGAUCCCACUAUAGGUUUCUUGUUAGAUGGAAUGGACCGACUCUGUUGUUUGGUACGGAAAUACAUUGCAGCUAUAAGAGGCUAUGCGUUAUCAUAUUUAUCAUCGUGUGCUGGAAGGAUCCGAUUUUUAUUUGGUACUCCAGGCAUGGUGGCUCUUGACCUAGAUGCAACCUUGGAAGGCCUUUUAAAGCAAAUUCUUCAGUGUCUUGAAAACAUACCUAAACCUCAGGGUGAAAAUGUUGCUGCUGUCACCUGUGACCUCUCUGAUUUGCGUAAAGACUGGUUGUCAAUAUUAAUGAUUGUCACAUCUUCCCGGUCAUCUAUAAAUAUCAGACACUUGGAGAAGGCUACAGUCUCCACUGGAAAGGAAGGCUUACUAUCAGAAGGAAACAAUGCCUACAAUUGGUCCAGAUGUGUUGAUGAACUUGAAUCACAGCUAUCGAAGCAUGGGAGCCUUAAGAAACUAUAUUUCUAUCACCAGCACCUUACAACAGUCUUCAGGAACACCAUGUUUGGGCCUGAAGGACGUCCACAACAUUGCUGUGCAUGGCUUGGAGUUGCUAGUAGUUUUCCAGAGUGUGCUUCAAUAAUUGUUCCAGAAGAGUUAACUAAAAUAGGCCGAGAUGCUGUUUUAUAUGUUGAAUCCCUCAUUGAGUCCAUCAUGGGCGGAUUGGAAGGAUUGAUCAAUAUUCUGGACUCUGAAGGUGGAUUUGGCGCUCUAGAGAAUCAGCUUCUUCCAGAGCAAGCAGCUAUUCGCAUGAAUCAUGCAACAAAAUUCUCCACCCCUUCUACAAAAUCUCCGAGAGGUAUAUCUGGUCUGCCAUUGCCUGGCCAUGAGAGCUACCCCGAAAAUAAUAACUCUGUCAAAAUGUUGGAGGCUGCGAUGCAGAGGUUAACGAAUCUGUGCUCAGUUUUGAAUGACAUGGAACCAAUAUGUGUUCUGAAUCAUGUCUUUGUUCUGCGAGAGUACAUGAGAGAUUGCAUCCUUGGAAACUUCAGGCGGAGACUACUUGCAGUACUGAAAACUGAUAAUGAUCUGCAGCGGCCUUCUGUUCUAGAGUCACUGUUGCGCAGACAAAUGGGUAUAGUGCAUCUAGCCGAGCAGCACAUCAGUAUGGAUCUUACACAGGGCAUCCGAGAAGUCUUACUAUCAGAAGCCUUUGCUGGUCCAGUAUCUUCCCUGCACUCAUUUGAAAAACCUGCCGACCAACAAACUGGAUCUGCUAUCGAAAUUGUCUGCAACUGGUACAUAGAGAACAUAGUCAAGGAUGCAUCUGGUGCUGGAAUCCUGUUCGCUCCUGUCCACAAAUGCUUCAGGAGUGCAAGGCCCGUUGGUGGGUAUUUUGCAGAGUCAGUCACAGAUAUCAGAGAAAUGAAGGCAUUUGUCCGUAUUUUCGGUGGCUAUGGGGUUGACAGGCUUGACCGGAUGAUGAGAGAACACAUGGCUGCACUGUUGAACUGCAUUGACACGACACUGCGGUCAAACCGCGAGGCACUUGAGGGAAUUGCUGCGAGCAUGCAAUCUGGUGACCGGAUAGAAAGGGAGGCAAAUUUAAAGCAAAUAGUGGACAUUGAGACAGUGGUUGGAUUCUGCAUUCAGGCUGGGCAAGCAUUAGAUUUCAUUCGUAUUUUAGCUGAGGCUGCUGGAGUUGUGCUUGAAGAAAGCGCACCUCUGGUGUUUUCAUUGAUAUACGGUGUAGCUAAGCACUUAACAGAUGAAAUACCAGAAAAGGAGGAAAUUAGGAGGCUGAGGAGAGUGGCAAGCAGUGUCGGGGUGGUUGGUGAGCAUGAUAUUGAAUGGGUGCGGUCGACUCUAGCAGAGGUGGGGGGUGCUAAUGAUGGUUCCUGGGGCUUGCUGCCAUAUUUGUGUUCUGCAUUCAUGACAUCAAAUAUCUGGAACGUGGCUGCCUUCAAUGUCAACACUGGUGGCUUCAACAACAAUAUCCACUGCUUGGCUAGGUGUUUCAAUGCUGUGAUUGCGGGGAGCGAGUUUGCUAGGUUGGAAAGGGAACAGCAGAGGCAGCCUCUCUCCAAUGCGCAUGCUGGUGAUGUUUCAGAGCCCGGCAUGCAGAAUCAUGUAUCAGUUGAAACAAAUAUAAAGUCAGCAAUGCAAUUGUAUCUCAAAUGCUCUUCGGGAAUUAUACUGGAUUCAUGGAGCGAUGGUUACAGGUCCCCUCUUGUUGCAAAGCUGAUCUUCCUCGACCAGCUCUGCGAGUUCUCUCCCUAUAUCCCAAGAAGCACACUCGAACUCCACAUUCCUUAUGCAAUUCUCCGUUCAAUAUAUCGCCAGUACUAUGCAAAUUCACCAUCCACAACACUAGCAUUACUAAACCCGUCGCCCCGUCAGUCGCCUGCUAUAUCUCUCACCCAUUCAUCUCCUGUAAUAUGGCAGAACCAUGGCGAUUCAACACCUCAGUCUAAUGCUACUGAUUCUGGUUUCUUCAAGGGGUCUGUUCACAGCCAGGAACAGGUUUAUGAGGCUGAGAGUGCAAGUGUACGGGUCGGUCAAAACAAACAUCGAAAUGUUCGUCGUUCUGGACCACUGGAGUACAGUUCAAGCCGGAAAGUGAAGUUCGUGGAAGGCUCGAAUUCCGGGAGUACAGGCCCUAGCCCAUUGCCGAGGUUUGCAGUGUCAAGAUCUGGGCCUCUUUCAUACAAGUAGAACAUAGCUGAACUAAGCAAACGUUGUAAUUUAUUUGUUUUGACUACUAGUUACAUCUACAUAAAAACGUUACUCACUCCUUUUUAUAUCAGAACUCAUUAACGGCAUUUUUUGGAUUUGUCCGACAGAAAUUGGCAAAUGCGGAAUUGAUUCUUCCUCUUUUUUCUCGUA